CCUCACUGUAUAUUUACCGCCAUGACGUUGAUUAUUGUACAUAACCUAUAAUUUUUGUUUUGAAAAAUUCCUUUCCUAUGCAAAAAGUGUAUUUCGAAAAACAUUCACGAUAAAAUCUCACAGAAUGUCAUCUGUAGACAAUGCCAAGGCUACUAUUGAUAAUAUUAACAUUAACAAUUUGCCCAUCAAUUCGGAAGAAUAUAAAAUAAACGACUGGUUAUUUAAGUACAAGAAAUCACACAUUCUUCACUCAAAGUGUAGCACCCCUGAUUCGUGCAAGAACGAUAGCUGCACUCCCUGCGUUUUUUGUAUGUUUACUACAGGUGUACAAUUACCACAUUUGCCAGAGAUGGUAUUUCCGAAUAAUGUACUGUCACUAAUUCAUGGCAGUGGACUGCAAAUAGAAUUUAAUGCGUUAGAUGCUUUGAAAUUGGUAUCAAGCGUGGAGCUAGAUCUAAAGGUGGCCUAUGCGGAGGCGUGGAAGGAAUCACGCGACCCCUCCAAUCUUGUCGAGAAGAUUAAACCUUUCGAUUGGACUUUUAGUACGAAUUACAAUGGUUCACUUUCUGGACGGUUUUCUAUAGAACCUACAGACGAGCGGAUAAACAUUGAACGCUUAAAGGAACGAGAAAAGAUUUUGUUUUAUGAGGAUCUUAUGCUGUUUGAAGACGAGUUACAUGAUAACGGUAUUGCCUCAUGCACAGUGAAAAUUAGGGUAAUGCCAAGUUCGUUCUUUGUAUUACUUCGUUUUUUUCUUCGCGUUGAUGGAGUGCUGGUGCGUAUCAACGAUACGAGAUAUUAUCAUGAUUUUUCGACACCAUAUAUAUUAAGAGAAUUCACAUGUAGGGAAAGUCCAGUGCAACAAUUAAACGUACCGUUACAAAUGUUUGGUGAUCCUAAUUCAAUCGGCCCUCACUUGCCUGUGUGCAAAGGUACUUAUGAGAAACUAAGUUGGACGAAUAGCGAUAAAAAAGAUAUUGCGACUGCUUCAAGUUAAUUAGUUUGAUUUAUUCCAAGGUUUAUUUAUAAGUAAAUAUUUCUAAACAUGUAUUAAUUUUAAUUGAAAAUAAAACAAUUUCUUUUA